GAGAGAGACAGAGUACGAGAGAGAGAGAGAGAGAGGUGAAGGGUGAGUGAGCGCGCAGCAAUUGUAAACUUGCCGUGUGAAUUGUGAGUUUGGCGACGACAUUUACCAAGGGAAAACAACGGGAACAACAACAAAGUAAAAUGCGUGUCCGCGAAAAGCGAAAGCAACAGAAGGAACCAAAGGCUCCGCAGUCCAAUCACAAAGACGAUGAUAAGAAUCCAAAGCUAUCCGCAGAUGCAGAUGCAAGACCAACUGCAUCUACGGCAACCACACCACCAUCACCUCCAGCUGCGACGCCUUCAGCCAAUGCCACAGCAACAACAACAACACCAACAGCAGCAACAACAACAGCAACGACAACAACAACAACAACAACUGCAUCUGCAAGUGCAACUAGCACCUUACCCGCUGCCGAGAAGGUAGCCUUUGAUAAUCGCAUCAAACGGAAAAAUGUCCUGGCUCUAAAUGAGAAGGUCGCCGCCCUGAGGGAAUACGAUCGUUUGCCUGUUUACAAGCAUGUUGGACGCCUGUUCAAUUGUAGCCCGGAUCAGAUUAAACGAAUCGUGCAACAGCGCGAGGAGAUUCUUCGCGCCUGGGAGCAACGGACCAGACGGAGCCAGGAUGCCCGAACAAUGGAAACGAAAACGGUGCGCGUCUCGAUGCUGGGCAAGGCUGUGUACGAUUGGAUCAGGCGCAUGAUGUACUAUAAGGACUUUGCGAUAACCGACGGACUUAUCCAGAAGAUGGCACUGCAAUUCAAGAGCUCCAUGGGACUGAAUCACUUCUUUCCGCAUCAAGAGUGGUGCGACAAGUUUCGGCACACAUACAAGAUACCGCAUAAUUAUACGAAGGUGCUAAAAAUCGGAUACACCCAAGGCUACUCCGUGCAAAUCAAGGACAUUGUCAAGGACGUGAUGUCAGAGUGCACGCCAGAGAGCACUCACGAGGAUGAGGAGGAUAUAGGCGAGGAUGUGAGUAUAGGCAGCACGGUGAGCAGUCAUGUGGGAGACGACGAGGACGCCGAAGUGGAUGUAGAUGGCGGAGAUAUCAGUGAAAAGGAAGAUAAGGAUGAGGAGAAGGAUGUUAAGCCAACACUCAGUGAGCUGAAUCUGGCUCGAGCUUUCCAAUCUCAAUUGCCCCAAUUGGUCAAGCUUCCUAUACAAGCAAACACUCCUCCUGGCACAUACCAGAAGGUCCUACUGGCCACUCCAAUUGUUCCGCCUGCUGCAGCAUCUGCUGCUGCUGUUGCCACCGGGGCCCAACCCAUGACCAUGACGAUUAUUCCAUUGGCCACACUAGCACAAAGCAUCACGCCGCGUACGUCAGGCACAACAGCGGCGCAAUCGCACCAACAGCAGCAGCAGGAAAAAUGUCCAGCGAUUCCACCACCCAUGGUGGACAUUAAGCUGGAGAAGGAAAUCAAAACCGAACCCAAGGACCCUGGGGAGGAAGCAGAGGCGGCGGCGCAGACGGAGGUGCCGGCGAAACCAGCCCCGGCACCGGCACCAGUCCAACCACCACCACCACCACAACAGGAACCUGUGGUUCGGAUCAAAGAAGAAAUUGAAAGCGAUGACGACGAGCUCCUCGAGGACGAUGCGAAUGGAGGACGAUCGAGUGUCAACUCACUGGCCGAAGUACUGGCAGCCAAUGUGGAGAAUGAGAAGGAAUACAUUGAGCAUAUGCGUCAACGUAAGGAGAGUCCGGUACCAGGAGCAAAUCUGCCGCCCAUGCCGCCAUUGACCAAAGCCCCAGUAACAGUAACCCGACAAGCAGCCAAACGACGCCAUCAGCAGCCGGAUCACGAUGACAAUAAUAAUGCCGAUCUCAAUCAACGUGGAAUUGCAGGAUCAGGUGAAACGACUGUCAUCAGCUGUACCCAGGCUCGCAAGUACCUGAAAUUGUUGGAGGAGUUCGCCCUAUACAAGGAGAACUAUCGCCUGAUUGGACUGAUCACUCGAGCCGAUGAAGUAAUGCGGGAAAUGGGCGACGAUUUACCCUAGAUAAUAGUGGGAGAAUAGAUUCUCUAAUGGGCUAGGGAUUGGGGGGGGUGUUGGUUGUAAUAAGUUUCAGCCAAAUAGCGUGCUAGUCGUAAGUUCUUAGUCUAUAGAACCCACACACACACACACACACACACACAUACAUACAUCUCGAAGAUGCAAUCAAUCAUAGAAUUAAAAUCUAAUUUUUGACCUAAACCAAAUAUAUGAAACCAAAAUGCA